GGUGUCCGUCCCUCAAAACGCGCCUCCGCUCGUCCUCGCCCGUCUUGGGGCUCGUGGGUUAGUGUCUCCCCGUCUCCUGCCUCUGGUUUGGGGCGCUGCUCCCACGGGCAGCCCCGGGAGCAGGAGGGCCUCGUGCCAAGAUGCUGGCUUUGCGGGGUGUGCUGGUCCGCCCGAGGCCUCUGUGUCGGUCCGUGCGCUCGGGAUUCCAGGCCUGGCUUUCAACCUGCAGUCCGGAUCCUGGGACCCCCAUCAAAAAACAAAGAGGCGGAGGAAGCCUCGAAGAUUUCCGCUCCAAACUACUUGGGGGUCCCCCUUUGCAGCAUUUCCUACAAUCGGCUGCUCCUGGGCAGGAUCGCUUGCCAGCUGACGUCUUGGAAGACCCCGCCCCUUACUUUGGACCCACCAGCCUGGCAGGUUGCCCGAAGAAAGUCUAUCUGGAGACUUACGGCUGCCAGAUGAAUGUCAGCGACACAGAGACAGCCUGGGCCAUCCUCCAGCGGAGUGGUUACCAGAGGACCAGCAACCUGGCGGAGGCUGAUGUGGUUCUGCUUGUCACCUGUUCCAUCAGGGAGAAGGCUGAGCAGACAGUCUGGAAUCGCCUGCACGUGUUCAAAACUCUCAAGACCAAGCGGCAACGUUCACGGGGGUCUCUGCGGAUCGGGAUCUUAGGCUGCAUGGCCGAGAGGCUGAAGGAGAAAAUUUUGGAGGAGGAGAAAUUGGUCGACAUUGUGGCCGGCCCAGACGCUUACCGGGACCUGCCCCGGCUCUUGACGGUGGCUGAAUCCGGCCAGCAGGCGGCCAACGUCCUGCUCUCCCUGGACGAGACCUACGCGGACAUUUUGCCCGUCCACCUCAACCCUGGCACCACCACGGCCUUCGUCUCCAUCAUGCGUGGCUGUGACAACAUGUGUAGCUAUUGCAUCGUCCCCUUCACCCGUGGGCGCGAACGGAGCCGGCCCUUGGCCUCCAUUCUCCAGGAAGUGCAGAUGCUCUCAGACCAGGGGGUGAAAGAAGUGACCCUUUUGGGCCAGAAUGUCAACAGUUACCGGGACAACUCUGAGGUUCAGUUUCACUCCCUGGCAUCACCUGAGCUCAGGCAAGGAUUCCGGACCGUCUACAAAGCCAAAAAGGGCGGGUUGCGUUUUGCCGAGCUUCUGGACCGAGUGGCUGCCGUGGACCCAGAGAUGAGGAUCCGCUUCACUUCUCCACACCCCAAAGAUUUCCCAGAUGAGGUCUUCGAGGUCAUGCGGGAAAGGCACAAUAUCUGCAAACAGGUGCACCUUCCUGCCCAAAGCGGCAGCUCCCGUGUCCUGGAGGCCAUGAAGAGGGGAUACACGCGGGAAUCGUACCUGGAGCUUGUAUACCACCUCCGCAACUAUUUACCAGAUGCAACCCUCACCAGUGACUUCAUCGCCGGAUUCUGUGGGGAGACAGAGGCCGAUCAUUUGCAGACGCUGUCGCUCCUCCGUGAGGUCAGCUACAACUUUGCCUACAUCUUUGCGUACAGCCAGCGGCAGGUGAGGCCUGGGGCACCCACUGCAUUGGCACAUCUGAACAGGGCUGAUUUGCACCUGUGGCGGCUGUGCCCAUGUUGCAGCGGCGGGCUGAAUUGCUAUUUAUUUACUUGUACCCUGACCCAGCUUCCCAAACACGACAAACCCUCGGAAGUGAACUCAAGGAUUCCUUGAUUAGGAGCGCCGGCAGCCC